AUGGCUGAGUCAAAAAUUUCAGUAACUCAGGACGAGUUCAGCUGUUCAAUCUGUCUGGAAACACUGAAGGAUCCAGUGACUACAUCAUGUGGACACAGUUUCUGUAUGAUGUGUAUUAAUAACUGCUGGGAUCAGGCGGAUGAUAAGGGAACAUACAGCUGUCCACAGUGUAGAAAAACCUUCACUCCAAGACCUGAAGUGAGUAAAAACAUUAUUCUGGCAAACGUUGUGGAGAAUCUGAAAAAGAGAGAAUCCCAAGUUCCACCUCCUGCUGGACCUAAAGAUGUGGCGUGUGAUUACUGCACUGGGAAAAAAUACAAAGCUGUUAAAUCCUGUCUGGUGUGUUUGGCCUCUUUCUGUGAAACUCACCUUCAGCCUCAUUAUCAAAUUCCUUCUUAUAAGAAGCACAAGCUGGUUGAAGCCUCCAGACGACUGCAGGAUCAGAUCUGCUCUCAGCAUGAUAAACUGCUGGAGGUUUACUGUCGUACUGAUCAGCAGUGUAUCUGCGUGUUGUGUAUGCUAGACAAUCAUAAAGGACAUGAUACAAUAUCAGCUGCAGCAGAAAGAACUGAGAAACAGAAGCAGCUGCUGGAGAUCCAGAGAAAAUUCCAGGAGAAAAUCCAGAACAGAGAGAAGGAACUUUGUGAGCUGAUAAACGCUGUCGAGUCUCACAAGUGUUCUGCACAGACAGCAAUGAAGAACAUUGAGAGGAUCUGUACUGAACUAAUCAACUCAAUUAAGAGAAGAUGCUCUAAGCUAAAAGGUCUGAUCAGAGAUCGAGAGACAGCAGAAGUAAGUCGUGCUGAAAAAGUCCUGAAGCAGGUGGAGCAGGAGAUUGUAGAGCUGAAGAGGAAAGAUGCUGAACUGGAACAGCUUUCACACACAGAGGAUCCCGUCCAUUUCCUCCAGAAUUUUCAGUCUCUCUCGGCUCCUGCUGGAUUUGCAGAAUCAGCCGCCAUUACAAUCAGUCCUUCAUUUGAUGAUGUUACAAAGUCUGUAUCUCAGCUGAGAGAGAAAGUAGAAGAAUUCUGGAAAGAUCAGUGUGAAAAGAUACCAGAUGAAGUGAAGAAAGUUCUAAUUACUUCACCUCCUGAACUUAAAAUCAGAGAAGAUUUUCUACAAUUGAAGAAAGUCCGGAUUACUUCACCUCCUGAACCUAAAAUCAGAGAAGAUUUUCUACAAUAUUUUUGUCAGUUUACACUGGAUCCAAACACAGUAAAUAAAAAGCUCCAUCUGUCUAAGGAGAACAAAGUGGCGACCUGGAGUGGAACAUUACAGUCGUAUCCUGAUCAUCCAGAUAGAUUUGAUUGUUACUACCAGGUUCUGUGUAGAGAGAGUGUGAGUGGACGCUGUUACUGGGAGGUUGAGUGGAGUGGGGAUUAUGGGGUUUAUAUAGCAGUGUCAUAUAAAAGCAUCAGCAGGAAGGGAGGUGGUUAUGAGUGUGUGUUUGGACGGAAUGAUCAGUCCUGGAGUUUGUUAUGUUCUCCAUCCAGAUUUUUAUUCUGGCAAAAGUACAAAAAGACUGAAAUUCCCAUAAUGCCGAGUUCCUCUAGAAUAGGAGUGUAUGUGGAUUAUGAAGCAGGAACUCUGUCCUUCUACAGCGUCUCUGAUACAAUGAAGCUCCUCCACAGAGUUCAGACCACGUUCACUCAGCUCCUCUACCCGGGGUUUUAUCUUGAUUCAGGAUCAAAAGUGAAACUCCACGAAGAACGCAAACGCCGCGAGAUCCGCUGUAGCUCACGUGGGUUGCAGGUGGCGACUGUCCGACUUGACGGCUUUCUUUUAACCUCCUCCCCCAACUGCAACCGGCAGCUCUCGCUGACCACCAAGGCGAGGCGCAGUUCAUCUCGAACAAGCCUUUUGUCUUCCUCCAAGUCCCUGCUAUUGGUUUGCAGAAGUGUCAAUCACUUCUUCUGA